UGUCCUCGCCCUUCUCCUGUGUGACCUGUCCUCCAGUCUGACAUCUUCUCGCUUUUGGUCGCCGGACUAUCAAGCUCGCCUCGACGUAUUUCGGACAAGGCAUCUCGGUCCAGGCAGCCCAGGCGGUCCUUGAACAAAAGCACAAUGCUUGGGCAGCUCUUCACGUACGCUGCCGUGGGCACCUUCCUGCGGUUGCUGCCAGCAGCGAUGGCCGAGGGCAGCGUCGUGGUCGAGUCCCUCGCGCAGGUGCCCGAGGGCUGGACCAGGCUGUCGGACGCGGACCCGGCCCAGACGAUCCGCCUCCGCAUCUCGCUCCGCCAGCCCAACCUGGGCCUGUUCGAGCAGACGCUCUACGCCGUCUCGUCCCCGAGCAGUCCCCGCUACGGGCAGCACCUCAAGCGGGACGAGCUGCGGGACAUGAUGAAGCCCCACGAGGCCUCCACCGCCGCCGUGCUAAAGUGGCUCGACGACGCCGGCAUCCCCCAGGCCCUGGUCGACGACGACAGCGACUGGGUCAACGUCGCCACCACGGUCCGCAACGCGAGCGCCCUGCUGGGCGCCGACUUUGCCGUCUACGGCCAGGAUGGGACUCGGGUCAGGAAGAUCCGAGCCCUGAGGUACUCGGUCCCGGAGCACGUCCGCGAGCACAUCACCAUGGUCGCCCCCGUCAUACGGUUUGGCCAGGCGAGGCCCCUGAGAAGCAUUAUCGACAGCAUCCAGCGCGCCGAGUCGAGCAUCCAGGCUUCGGACAUCCCCAACCCCGACCUCAACGUCGCCGCUUGCAACAAGACGCUCACCCCCGAGUGCCUGCGCGCCCUGUACAAGGUUGGCAGCUACCAGGCCACGCCGACGAACCGCUCCCUGUUUGGGAUUGCUGGCUACUUGGAGCAAUACGCCAAAUAUAACAUGCUUGAAAGGUUCCAGAGCUUGUACGCCCCGUACACGCUGGACGCGAACUUCUCCGUCAUCUCCAUCAACGGCGGCCUGAACGACCAGGCGUCCAAGGCGGACUCGGUCGAGGCGAACUUGGACGUCCAGUACGGCCUGGCCAUGUCGUACAAGACCAGAAUGACCUACUACACGACUGGCGGCCGGGGCCCCCUGGUGCCCGAACUAGACCAGCCGGACCCCAACGACGUCUCCAACGAGCCGUACCUGGACUUCCUCGAGUUUAUGACCAAGCUCCCGGACGACGAGCUGCCGCAGACGCUGACCACGUCGUACGGCGAGGACGAGCAGUCGGUGCCGCGCGAGUUCGCUAUCAAGGUCUGCAACAUGUUUGGCGAGCUGGGCGCCCGCGGCGUGUCGGUCUUCUUCUCGUCGGGAGAUGAUGGCCCAGGUAGGAGCUGCCAGACGAACGACGGCAAAAACACAACCCGUUUCCUGCCCACCUUCCCGGCCGCGUGCCCCUACGUCACCGCCGUCGGCGGUACUAGGUAUGUCGCCCCGGAGACGGCGGCGGCGCUGGCCGGCGGAGGCUUCUCGGACAUCUUUGCGCGCCCGAGCUACCAGGAGGCCGCCGUGACCAAGUACCUCGGCAUCCUGGGCGGCCGGUGGGCGGGGCUCUACAACCCGGCGGGCAGGGGCUUCCCCGACAUCGCCGCGCAGGCCUACAACUACCACGUGCUCGACAGCGGCAACGACCUGCUGAUCGGCGGCACCAGCGCCUCGUCGCCCGUCGUGGCCGGCAUCUUCUCGCUGCUCAACAGCGCCCGCCUCAGCGCUGGCCUGCCCCCGAUGGGCUUCGUCAACCCGUGGCUGUACGAGACGGGGUUCCAGGGUUUGACCGACAUCACUCUUGGGGGCUCCCGCGGCUGCACCGGUAAGGCUAGGACCGGCCUGCCGUCCCCCAGGGUCCCGUACGCGUCGUGGAACGCGACCGAGGGCUGGGACCCCGUCACGGGCCUCGGCACGCCCCUCUUCGACAAGCUGCUCGAGCUCAGCAGCCCCGGCGUGCACAUGGCCAGGAUCGGGGAGAACUAGGUCUCUAGGUGGCAGAUUGACGACUUGAUGAGGAAAUAUCUAUUAGCAUGGCAUGAUUAUCCGGUAAUGGCCACUUCGAUGGAAUGGUUGGUUAGAAAGCCCACCCCGGGCAUGCUAGUUCCUAGAUCGCCGUCUGUUUAGAUACUUGGGAAUACUUAUGAGAGUAACCAUAAUGAGAAUCGACGCACUUUUGUCUGCUUCCAA